UCCCCCACCCCAAACUCUGUCUCCCUUUAAGGUCUUGUCACCUGGUCAAGUCUGUCGCCCUGGGUGGCCUGGGCCGGCAGCUUCUCGCCCUCUCAUCUUCCCCCUGGAGCUCCAGCCACCUCACCCCAGGUCUCUUCAACCUCCUGGAAAAUUCCCGCUCUUUUCUGUCCCUCACCACGCUCCCUUUGCUCCCCCGGGGGUGCCUCCCUGAGUCCCCGGCCGGCUUGGACGCCACGUUGGUUUCACACGCUUAGGGCACGAUGGGCGUUUCCUUCGAGCACACUCCGAGACCCUCUGUUCAGCUGUGUCACUCCCUGCCGGGUGCCUGUCCCCACUUGUGGAACGUGCGCGCCGAGAGGGCCGGACCACGGGCCGUGCGCCUGGCAGGUGCACAAGAGAGUGAAGGGGCGAAUGAAUGAAGAAGUGUCUGCCCAGGCCGGUGGCGCUGGCCGGAGGCCGCCACCUCCCAGGCACCUCAGGGUGCCGUCCCCUCCCCAGCGCGGCGCCGGAAGCGGCCAGGCCAGCCCCCUCCCCGCGGCGCCUGCUGCCUUAUCUCGGCGUCUGGGGCCCCAGGAGGAGACGCGGGCGCUCCGGGAGGGACGCAGCGGCAUGGGCCCCUGGCCCCGGGGCGCGGGCCGCCCGCCUCGCCGCCUGCUGCCGCUCCUGCUGCUGCUCGGCCUGGCCCGCGGCGUGACUGGAGCGCACGGGGUGGACGGUGUAGACAUCUGUGCCACUUGCCAUGAGCACGCCACCUGCAAGCAACGGGAAGGGAAGAAGAUGUGCAUUUGCAAGUACGGAUUUGUGGGCAACGGGAGGACUCAGUGUAUCGAUAAAAACGAGUGCCAGCUGGGGGCCGCGGUGGUCUGCGGGAACCACACGUCGUGCCACAACACGCCCGGAGGCUUCUAUUGCAUCUGCCUCGAAGGAUAUCGAGCCACGAACAACAACAAGACCUUCAUCCCCAACGACGGCACCUUUUGCACAGACAUAGAUGAGUGUGAGGUUUCCAGCCUGUGCGGGCAAGGAGGACGGUGUGUGAACACUCACGGGAGCUUUGAAUGCCACUGUGGGGACGGAUACGUGCCAAAGAGCGGGCCCGAGCCCUUCCACCCGACCAGAGACGCCACGUCGUGCACAGAAAUAGACUGUGGCACCCCUCCCGAGGUCCCAGAUGCCUAUAUCGUAGGCAAUUAUACUUCCACGCUUGGCAGCCAGGUUCGUUACACUUGCAAAGAAGGAUUUUUCAGUGGCCUAGAAGAUACAGUUUCAAGCUGCACAGCCUUGGGUACAUGGGAGUCCCCCAGAUUAAAUUGCCAAGAAAUAAUUACAGAAAUUAAUGCUCUGUCGGUGUUUAAUAAUACCUGUGUGAGAUGGCAAAUAAACCCAGGAAGAAUAAACUCCACGACUGUGUAUGUGGUGCACAUAGUAGGACACCGGGUGGACCCUGUGGAAUCCGUUCACGAGCAGACGGUCAACCUGACCACGGACAGCAGGAGCCCAGCAGUGUGCCUAGACUUGUACCAAGGCACCAACUACACCGUGAGCGUUUCCACUGCCCCUCCCAGACGCUCUGUGCCAGCCCACAUUGGGUUCCAGACAGCAGGUGGCAGAGACUCGGCGGGAGAAACAGACAUAAAAGAAGAUCUCUCAGAAGACGACGGGAUUUUCAAUAUCUCAAUAUUUAAUGAAGCUUGUCUGAAAUUGAACAGGCAUUCUAGGAAAGUUGGAUCAGACCAAAUAUACCAAUUUAAAAUUGUGGGCCGAAGAGGGUAUCUGAAUGAUUUUUAUCACGCAGUAUCAUUUAACUUCACAAUGGGGGAACGAGCGUCCGUUGUGUGUUUAGACCUGUACCCGGCAACUGAUUACACAGUGAACAUCACCCUCCUGGGAUCUCCCGAGCCGCACUCAGUGCAGGUGAUGAUCACCACUGCACCUGCAGCGAAGCAGACCAUCAGUGACAUUUCAAUAUUUAAUGAAACCUGCGUGAGAUGGAGAAAUAGGAAGAUAGCUGGUAUAGAGGAAAUGUACUUACUCCACAUUCAGGGCCAGAGGUGGUAUCAGAAGGAAUUUGCCCAUGAAGUCACCUUUAAUGUCACUACGAGGAGCCAGGCUCCUGAGAUGUGCUUGGACCUGCGUCCGGGUACCAACUACAGUGUCAGCAUUCAGGCGUUGUCUUCGGCACGUCCCGCGGUCAUCUCUCUGACAACCCAGAUAACAGAGCCUCCCCUUCCGGAAGUAGACUUUUUCACCGUGCACGGAGGGCCCCUCCCACGCCUGAGGUUGAGGAAGGCCCAGGAGAGCAACGGGCCAAUCAGUUCCUAUCAGGUGUUAGUGGUUCCCCUGGCUCUCCAAAGCACGUUUUCCUGUGAUUCUCAAGGGGCUGCCUCGUUCUUUAGCAAUGCUUCUGAUGCCAAUGGAUACGUGGCUGCAGAACUACUGGCCAGAGAUGUUCCAGAGGAGGCCAUGGAGAUAGCUGUUGGAGACAGGCUGUACUAUGGGAAAUAUUAUAAUGCACCCUUGAAAAUAGGGAAUGAUUAUUGCAUUAUAUUGCGAAUCAUAAGCGAAUGGAAUAAGGUGAGAAGGUGCUCCUGCGCGGUCUGGGCUCAGGUGAAAGAUUCGUCGCUCACGCUGCAGCAGAUGGCAGGCGUUGGGCUGGGCUCCAUGGCUGUUGUGAUUGUCCUCGCAUUCCUCUCCUUCUUAGCAGCGUGAUUGCAAAUGGGUGCUACGUGUGGCAGAUGCACUGCUGUUGGGGCGGAUGUUAUGACAGCUUCUCAGGUGCCUGCACACAGCACCUUCUACCCAGGUGUGCGGCGGGGCCUGCAGACUUUCCUCGUUCCCAGCUUGGCCCCAUUCCUGGAUUCAAGAUGGGGCCGUCUCUGUGGAACCCCCCAAAAGGAGGAAACUCAGGAAUUGCUGACGUCUUCCCUGCUACAGGACCAGUUCUGUGCCUGUGAACUUGAGACCCUUGAUAUACAAUGGAAUAUUGACCAUGGGCUACUGAUCACAUGGGCUGGGCCUGCAUCUUCUUCUGAGUGAUGCCUGAGACACAGCUCCUCUGGACAUUGAAUGCAAGAGGGUCUCUGAGUCUUAUUUUGUAGCAUCUCUGUUAAAUAACUCAAAAUCUAUUCUUUUACAAUAAGCAAUGAAAUAGACUUGAGUUUAGGUUCAAAUUUGACUUUAUGAAGGAGGGCACUGAAAAUGAUAGCGAUCAUUGACACAGGCAAACUUGUCGAACACUGUAGAAGCAGCCCUUUUCCUAAAAUUAAUUGACAGCUAGUUAGGAAAUAGACCAGCCUGGCCACUCCAGUAAGUUCCCUGCUGCGUCUGUUUGGUACAGUUCCACUAGUCUAAAGUAUUCAAAAGCCGUAAGUGUUCAUCCCAGUAAAAAUUGUCUGUGAAUUUAGACAGUUCUUCUGUGGCAUAUGAAUAUUUAUAACAGCCUUGGUUGAUUUUUUUUUUUAUUAAUGAGGGUCUCGUAAAAACACUCUGUGCCUCCCAUUAGAUUCAGUGGCCGUGGUAAUACCGUGCUGAAACAAUCUCGAGCCCAUGGUAGAACCCAAGUGUUUACAGGGACGGGGGAACAAUGUGGGUGACACGAUCAGUCCUUUCAUCUACAACCUCGGUAACCAUGACCGUGCCCUAUCAUGAGCCCUGACCCCCUGGGUGUAAGCUGUCCUGGGCCCCUGUCACUGUGCUGAAUUGGCAGGUUCAGUGUAGUAGCUUUGACUUUUAAAGCCCGAAUGAGUAUUCUUUAACUUUCCUCCCUACCCGACAGUGUAACUCUCAGGCUCAGUAGCAAAUGAAAAAGAAAGGCAGAGGCUUGUGAUGUCUCUAAGUGCAGUUUCUCCUACUCCCUCCCUUCCUAGGACGUGAGAAGAAAAAGCACGGGGGAGGCGACAGUAGCACAGUCGUGUUGUACAACCUCUGGGCACACGUAUAAGAACGUGGCCCUGGGCUCGGGCAACGUUGUGGUCCCGAGGAAGAGGGACAGCCUUUCCAACGUGGUGGGCGGGGCACUGGUGAGGGGCAGAUUUGAGGACCCUGGGCUUGUAAGCGGAGGAGGAGACAACAGGCGGAAACUGUCUGUAAAG